AUGUCGUCCUCGCUAUCUCAUUCUCCGCCCACUAUCCUGCUGAUCCACGGCGCCUGGCAUUAUCCCGAGCUCUACGCACCACUCUGCAAGUCGCUAGAGGCGCUGAGCCAUGAAGUCGUUUGUCCUCGACUCCCAAGUUGCAAUGACGCUAUCCCGCCGACGAAGUUCCUGUCGGACGAUGUCGCGCUGGUCCGAGCCACCGCGCAGACCCUCCUCGACCAGGGCAAGCGGGUUGUUGCAAUCAUGCACUCGUACGGAGGAAUGGUGGGCACCGAGGCUCUGCACGGUCUGCCGAUCCAGCAUCUGAUCUACAUGACUGCGUUUGUGCCCCCGAGCGGGAAGAGUCUAGCAGGUAUGUUUGGAGGGAUGCUGCCGCCCUUUAUUACGAUUGAUGAAGAGAAUGCCCUUCUACGAGUCCCCGAUCCAGCUACCUUCUUCUUCAACGACCUCCCCUCGGCAGACGCAGCUCACUGGGCGGGUAGGCUCGUUGUACAUCCCAAGUCCACGCAAUUCGACCCCAUCUCGCACGAAGCGUACCGCGAUAUCCCGUCGACGUACAUUCUUUGUGAGAAGGAUGCGGCGCUAAUCCCCAUGAUCCAGGAGCUGAUGAUCUCUAACGCAAAGAAAGCGGGCGUGGAAAUGAACGUCGAGAAACUAGAUGCCAGCCACAGCCCGUUUCUCAGUAUGCCUGACAAAACAGCCGCGCUGGUGCACCGGAUCGCGUCAAAAUAG